GUAGACUUCUAUAAUACCAAAUAUGGUGCUUGACUGCGGAACGAAGGCUGUUAAACAUAUACGUGUCUUUCGGCACCGGCGUCGACAUUUGACAAUGUCAACGACAGCCAUAAAAACCUGUUGACUUUACCACUCGCCCUAAGCUUUAGUAGACAACAUGUAUUUCUCUUAAGCAACAGCAUUUGCUAGGCAGCUAGGGACUCGCGCGUCAGGCGGCCGGUCGGCCGGUCGUUGGACCUUGACGGUUAGGCCAAUUCAAAAGACAACAGCUGGUCUUGCAUACAACACUGAUACCAAGUAGUGUUAGGCACAGCGCCCGUCAAUCUUCUCAAUACUAAUUCUGAAAAUGAAUGAGCCAGAAGCUGAGGAUCUGGCUUCUCCAUUGACUCCUCCGGCCAAGUCUAUCGGGGAGCUGCGCAGAACCUACAUUGAAAGGGCCAGGCGCAACAAUGGUCUCCGCGCGGGCCGUGCAAGAGCGCCCUUCAGCGCUCCGGCGGACAAGCUGGGUGCGGAGUGGGGUGUGGGAGUGGGCUUACACUUUGAGCUCCUCAAAUGGCUCCGGCGGAUGGCCCUGCUCCUCAUCAUUUGCGCGAUUCCCUUCCUGGUGGUCGUUGGUCGCAGCGUCUUCACGGACGAGGCGCACAUGCACGACCACGCGUUCGGAGUCAAGAUGUACCCCGCCACGCGGGUCGCCUCCAUGACCUUUGCGGCCAUCGUGGACGACAGCCUGGACAACGGCACGCUGCAGUACAUGAAUGUCGAGCUGGCGGGCAGCUGGAAGGGACCCAUGCAGAAGAGCACCUUUCUCGUGUGGAUCUCCCUGGUUGACGCCGGCGCCGCGCUGCUCUUCGUGUGCUGUCUGGCGGCGCUGUGGGCCCACCUGCGGCGCUUCGCUGAGGCCAGCAACCGCUCCACGCUGGAGGCGGCGGACUACACCGUAAUGGUGCGAGGACUGCCCCCGGGCGUGAACGCAGCGCAGGUCGGCGCAUACUUUAGCCGAUUCGGCGAGGUGAUUGACGUGGUGCUGGUGACAGACCGGCUGGGUAGCACGCUGCGGCACUGCGGGAAGGCGGCUCGGCUGCAGCAGCGGAGGGCCAUGGUGCUUGAUGCGGCGCUGGUGCGGCGCACAGAUGAGAAGCUGGACGAGCUCCAGCGGCUCGAUGAGCAGCUGGCUGACACGGCCGAGCAGCUGAGGGGCGUGGCGGAACAGCGGCAGAGCGUGCGGGCGGCUUUCGUGACGUUCAACUCCGAGAAUGAGAGGCGCGCCUGUCUGGGACACUGCCCCGGAAGCUGGCUGGGCAGUCUGUUUCAGCGCUGCCGCGACCGCUUCCUGCAGCGGCGGUGCUUUUGGGUGCUGCGAGCCUCCGCGCCGGAUGACUACAUCUUUGAACACUUGGCGGUGCCGGAGUGGCAGCAGGCGGCGCGACAGCUAGCUGUUAGCUUGGUUACGCUGCUGCUGGUGCUUCUCUGCGCCGCCGCCAUCACCAAACUUACCGACCUGCGAAACCAGGAGAGCAGCACCAUCAAAUGGCGCACCGGCAAACUCAUCUCCGACUCCCUAACAGCCAUGACCGCGUACCCGUCCUCCUCCAAAUCCCCACUCCCUCCGUCUUCUCUUGAUACCUCCAGUCUAGCGCAGUACCCGGGCUUGGCAGACUAUUGCACACGUCAGCUGGCGGAUACUUGUACGGCACAGCUGCAGGCGUCGUACGAGGGCGCCGUACGAUUGGAGUUUGGUCUGGGUCUGCAAUGGGCGAACACCACUGCGAGGCUACUGUUUGAGCGGCCGGUGCGCGCGGCGCUGCAGAACUGUGCGGCAGGCAGCAGCAGUGGCAUUGUGGCGGGAUGCGGGUUGCAGGCGUGUCUGCCGUGUCUGUGUUUGGGGCUGUCCCUGGGGGAUUCGGUGGGUGUGGAGGGCAGUGCGGAGCGGAACGAGGUGACGCAGACGUGUUCCGCCUUCAUAAACCAGCUGGAUAUCAGGAGCUGGGGUAUCCGCCUCUCCAUCGCCCUCGUCGUGGCCUGCCUCAACUCCAACAUCAAGUACCUGCUACGGGCGCUUGUGCUGUACGGCAGCCACUGGACGCAUACUGCACGUGAGGUGUCGUACGCUCUGCAGUGCUGGGGCGCCAUGCUGGUCAACUCGGUGGUGGUGCUGCUGCUGACCAACUGCGAUGCGCUGGGGCGGUUGGCGAGGGAGGGGCGGCACGGCAGCUGGGUACGGUACUUUGUGCAGUACGGGUCGUACGGCGAUUUCACUUCGGGCUGGUACGAGAACGUGGGCCUAUCUAUCAUGAUCCUCAUGCUCAUCAACUGCGCCAGUCCGCUGCUCAACCUUGCGGUGGAGGGCGGGCUGCUGGCGGCGCUGCGCCUCCGGGUGCGCUACAUCCUGGCCUGGCCGCUGCAGGCGGACUACGAUGCGGCCUGGGCGAGGCCGCGCUUCACCCUGGAGCAGCGGACAGCGGACCUGCUCCUGAACGCCUCCCUGGCUCUGCUGUUUGGCAGCGGCAUGCCGCUGUGUUUCCUGCUGCUGGUGGUGUACCUGGCGGUGGCGGAGGCGGCGGACCGGUGGGCGCUGACGGGGCUGUGCGGGGGAGCCCCGCGCUACAACACCGGGCUCAUGAAGCUGGUCAUGGCCCUGCUGCCUUGGCUGGCUGUUGCUCACUGCGCCUUUGGGCUGUGGAUGCACACACACUUCUCCGUGGUGACGACCGACGACGUGUCGCAACUCGGCGCUGCCGCCGUACGCGCCACCAGCGCUCGCCUCUCCUCCGCCUCCGCGGACCUCUCGGCGCUUCAGAGCUCGGAGCUAUGGCGCCGCAUCACGCAGCCGAAUGGUCUGGCGCUGCUGCUGCUGGUGGUGGCGCUGCCGUUGUGGUUGAUUCUGGGCAGGUAUUUCCUGUGGCGGCUGCUGUCCUGCAUGCGCCGUACCUGCGGUCUGCUCUGCGUGCGCCGCACGCAUCGCAUCAUGCGCCAGCAGCUCUCGAGAGAUCUGCGUACGGAACUGCCCGCGGUGCCGUACACAGAGGCGCUGGUAGGCAAGCUACUGUACGGCACCCCGACCUACCGCCUGCCGUACCACCCGCACUACCUGCAGUACUUUGCGGCCUCUGGACUGAACCGGGCGGUGGGGGUGGCGGCGCUGGUGGCGGCGGCUGCUAGUGGAGGAGCCGGUCGGCCCACGUAUACCCGCCUGCGUACCAUCCACCGCCGGCACUGCCGCUUCCCCAGCGGCCCCUGCGACUUCUACGUGCUUCCGGAGCCCUCCACGCAGCCGGCGGGUCUGCCGGGCAGCAGCCUGGGGGGAGGCAGGGAGCCGCCGCUGGCUGAGGGGGUGCCGGAGGCGGAUGUCGAGCACAGCGCGCCCAGCGUCGUCACCCUCGCCCCGCCGCCGCCGACACGAGACGCACUAAUCGCAGUCCAGAAGGCUGCGGAGGUGGAGGCGGGUGGCAUCAGUGUAACCAAGCUGCUGAUGAAGAUGCUGGGGGCGUCUGAGCGCGGGGGUGGUGGUGUGCCGGAUGCGGUGGAGCUGCUUCAGCGAGAGGAGCAGGAGGCGGCGCAGCAGCAGCGGGGAGUGGUAGCGGCGGAGGUAGCGCUGUCGAUGGGAGGCGUGGCGGCGGCGGAGGAGGCCCACUCGGUAGUGGUUCUGGAGCCUUUCACGACAGCAGUUCCGGCACCGGCUGCUGCUGCUGCUGCUGCGGGACAUGGCGUGGUCCUGGUGUCGGCUGCGGCCCGGCCUGCGGGCAGGAGGGAGGCUGCGGGUGCUGCUGCAGGGGCUGCUGUCGCCGGCAGCGGUACACCAGCGGAGCAGCCAGGUGGGGAGUUUGGAGGCGGAUCAGGGGUGGGAGCCGCCGCCGCUGCCUCAGGGGAGCCGGCGGCUGCAAUGCUGGUGAUGGGCGAGGCUACGGUUGCCUGCGUGGUGCGCGCUUCGCCGCUGCGGCGGCAGCAGGCCCCGCCCCCGCCUUCCCCGCAGCAGCAGCAGUAUGCGGAGCGGCUGCAGGCUCAGGCACGCGGGCGGGUAGAGGAGGGCAGCAGCGGAGCUGAGGAGGCAGAGCUGCCGCCCACGGGAGGGGAGGCGGGUGAGCAGCAACUGAUGCUGGCGGCGGCGGCAGCAGCCGCGGCAGCUGCAGCAAUGGAGGUGGGACAGGCCCCGCAUGUGGCACUGACCGUGCAGGAGGUUGGCGCUGAGGAGGAAAGGAGCGGAGCACCCUCGGUGGCGCAAGGUGGACAGAGUGGUUUGUCGGGCGGGGGGGAGCACUCACAGGUGUAAAGGGGGAGGGCGGUGGUCAGCGGAGUCUCCGAGAAGGGGUUGUGGGAAGAUUAUGUAAGGACGUCAGGGAGGAAGAGAGAGGGGAUGGGAAGUGCAUUUUCACGUGGCCGUUAAAGGCACGUGGCCGCAGGAUGUGUGUAGGCAUGGUACGGCAACCCCAAUGGGACCGUGCGACUUAAGUUGUUCUCCUAAUGCUGACGUGGGAACACACAUGGGGUUUCAACUAUGGGAGCAUGUGCAUGAAUUGGAUGUCUAACAACGUGGCGCGACCACGCCCGUACAAGUAAGGACUAGUACAGUGCUCCCGUACCUGAAGGCAAGGGAAGACGGAGCCCGUUGUCGUCCCCGUGUGCGCUACUUGUUGCGUGUAUGCGCUGAAGGCGUGAACGUGUAUGAUUGAAGUGGAAGUCAUGACAGUGACGGAAAUCUUCAGUGGGUCUAUCUUCUUCUAGUAUGUGUGUUGUGAACUUGGUUUUAGGAAUUGAAUACUGGAACUUGCGCCAAGCCGCUACUUUGUCAUUGCUGUUGUUUCUUUCCUUGUUUGUUGCGUGUGGUAUCCUUGUCCUUUUUCCUCUUCUUGGUCCUACCUUGAGGCCGCGGUGAGCUGCCAUGGCAACUUGGCAAUCGUGAAUCGAGCCAGCUCUACCUGUAUCGCACAGAAGCCUUACGUUAUGCGUCUUUUUGUGGUGUGUUAUCGUCGGGUACACAUUGCGAGCAAUGUGCGUUUGCGUGCGUCUUUCAGCUGACGUACGCCACUGAUGGCGCAGUCGCCAAUAGUAUGUUUGGCUCUUGGGUAGCCAAGGCUUCAGCCGGUUACACUCCUACAAAACAAUUACCUAAGGUAGGGCAGUGACCUGCUCGCACUUGGUUUGUAGUUGGCGACGAGCUGUAGGACAUAACCAUCAUUUCGUCGCUUCAGACAUAAGGGUGUGGGGCAAAUUUUGAAGUGCCAGAACCCGGAUUUCUUUCCACAAGGCCCAUGCAUGUUGCACGCCGUGCACCCCAUGCUGCUGGAUGCUGCAUCACUGGGCCAGAUGUUGGUGUGUGGGUUGCGACGUGCAGUACAGUGUCGUUAAACCUGUGGCGUAGGCUUUAGUCUAAUUGGAAGCAGGAUAUAUGGUUUUGGUCGCGAGGACUGGCAGAGUUGAAAUAGCGGUUUUGCUUGCUCGCCGAUGCGAGUAGAUGCUUCCGGCGUAAGACGCUGUUGGUAGGAAGGUGGAUUACAGGAUGAUUAAGAGGAAUGGUAUGCGACAAUACGAUGCAAUGUUGUUUUGUUGUAGGCAUUUGGCAUGAAGUGCGGUCUGACAAUUACAGUCGUCGCGGAGUUCUGGUCGAAGCUGCGGCUUUUGUUAGUAACAUUCAGGCAGACCUUCGGGCUGAGCUGAGUUGAUGCAUUUACUUUGUUGCUGCGACGCUUGUACGGUUAAAAUAGUACAGUCGUAUAACUGAUAACGGGCCACGUGCUUUGCUUUUGGUUUAACUGAGGCGUUUAAGCGUCUUAUUUUGAUUAGGCCUUUUAUGCCUUUUUACUUAGAUUACGUAAGGAGGUUUACGCACCUUCUUUGUAGCUUCAGCUUCUUAGCGGCUUCUUUGUGGAAGGUUCGAUCUGAGAAGCUGCAUUACGUUGUUUAGGAGUUGCAUUACGUUGUCAGGCUUCCGAUUAGUAUAAAAGGCGAGGCAUUUUCUAGUUUUGGUAUGUGGUAACAACAGUCUAAGGUCACUGGUACAACAAACCUUACUGGCCCUUCAACGACUCCUUAAGGUCUCCGGUUCGAUACUCUGUAACGACAGACGAACCCUACUUUCGGUUUCCCCGGUUUCCCUGUCUCAAGCAAGGCCCAAGGCAAACCAGCCACAGCCUUAACCCCCUCCCUUUCUCCCUGCUCUUGAAGGAACAAGAGUAAUCGUCUCCAAGACUCCUUAAUCCUGCCGAAGAAGCAGCCUAAGGCUGUGUUAAGCAACUACGCUUAUAGUCGCCAUUCCCACAUCUCAACUACCGAUCUACGCUAAGUUACAUAGCGUACCCGCAAUAGGAAAGAACCUGUGUUCUUAAGCUUAUCCUUCUCGUCAAGAGUAAGUGAUACCAAAGCAAGAUAGCUUGGCCUCGAGGUCGUACAGCUUGAGCUUUCCCGUUACCUUCCCUGUCGCUAAUUAUCUCGAUACUUAGAGCUUCUCAUCUCGAUACUCAGAACUAAGUCAGGCAACGCUGACGCACCCAUAACAUCGGUCUAAUAGCGAAGCUAUAACCGGUAUAUCCCUUAGGAGCAUCGUAGAACGCAGUCCUCAUACGGUUCUGCGAGGCACUAGUCUCCUGCGAAUCCUGGGCACUAACUAAACCGAUAACACCAAUCCCAC